AUUCCUCUGCCCACCAUGUCCGCCGCUCGAUGCGCCACGAGGACCGCCCAGCUCACCUUCUCGCGCCUGCCUGGACGAUGUAGCACGAGAGGCUAUCAUGCAGGUGUUCUCCCGUCACUUCUGACGCCGUCUUCGCCCGAAUUCCAGGAGAAAAAGACAAAUAUGGAUGCCCUCGUGAGGGAGUUGGAAGAGAAGCUUGCGGAUGCAAGACAAGGUGGUGGUCCCAGAGCCGCGGAGCGGAUGCGUUCGAAAGGCAAGAAGCUCCCGCGAGAACGACUGUCGCUCCUUCUUGACAAACACACGCCCUUCCUCGAGCUAUCUGCUCUCGCCGCGCACGAAGUAUACCCCGAGAGCAUCCCAGGCGCAGGGAUCAUCACGGGUAUCGGUCGUAUCGCGGGAAUGGAAUGCGUGAUUGUAGUCAACGACGCGACGGUCAAGGGUGGCUCGUACUAUCCAUUGACGGUCAAGAAACACCUGCGCGCGCAAGAGAUCGCGAAGGAACAUGGCCUUCCGUGCGUCUACAUCGUCGAGUCUGGAGGCGCCGCCCUGCCUCAUCAGGCAGAUGUCUUCCCUGACAAAGAGCAUUUUGGUCGGAUCUUUUACAACAUGGCGCAGAUGUCUGCCCUCGGUAUACCGCAGAUUGCCGUCGUGCAUGGCAUUAGCGUAGCAGGAGGCGCCUACGUGCCCGCGAUGGCCGACGAGAACAUCAUCGUGCGCGACCAGGGGCGCAUCUUCCUAGCCGGGCCGCCGCUCGUGCGCGCCGCCACCGGAGAAGAGGUAGACGAGGAGCAUUUGGGCGGUGGUAUGAUGCACUCCAGCGAGAGCGGCGUCACCGACCACCUCGCGCGCGACGAUGAACACGCCAUCUCGAUAGCCAGGAGCAUAGUAGGCGACCUGGGAGCAGCAGGAGGCGCACUGGUGCCUCCUGCGCGCACGCCGGAAGCCCCGCUCUAUCCUGCAGAGGAGUUGCAUGGUAUUGUUGGCACAGAUGUGCGGCAGGCGUUCGAUAUGCGGGACGUCAUUGCGCGCAUUGUGGAUGGCAGUCGAUUCAGGGAGUUCAAGAAGGAAUACGGUCCGACGAUCGUUACGGGAUUCGCGCACGUUCACGGCUAUGAAGUUGGGAUCGUCGCAAACAACGGCAUCCUGUUCUCGCCGUCAGCCCUGAAGGCGACCCAUUUCAUCCAGCUCUGCUCACAGCGGAAGAUUCCGCUGCUAUUUCUAGUCAACGUGACGGGGUACAUGGUUGGCUCCAAGGCUGAGCGCGGAGGAAUUGCGAAGGACGGCGCGAAGAUGGUUCGCGCAGUGGCCUGCGCGGACGUGCCAAAGCUUACCGUCGUCGUGGGCGGUAGCUUUGGCGCGGGCAACUAUGGCAUGGCUGGCCGAGCGUACUCGCCGCGCUUCCUCUGGAUGUGGCCUAACGCGAAGGUCAGCGUUAUGGGGGCCGGACAGCUUUCGCAGGUCAUGGCGCAGGUCUCGAAGGACCCGUCUCAACACGCGCAACUGAAGGCUCGCAUUGAAGAGCAGUCGACGGCGCUGUACUCAAGCGCACGACUCUGGGACGACGGCAUCAUCCGCCCAACAGACACGAGGGAUGUUGUUGGCCUGGCCUUGGCUCUUUCUGCUCGCAAGAAGGCAGCUCAGGGAGGAGGGAGCGCGUCGACGACGUGGGAUGGGAGCGGGAGAGGAUUUGGUGUUUUCAGGAUGUGAGGAGGAUGUUCAUUGGAACGCCGAGAAGUAACGUUGGGACGAUGAGAAACUGCGGGCAAUCACUGUACAAUAGUCAAGCACGGUUCUUGCUGCUUU